AUGUUUCUGUGGACCCCGUACGCUGAGCAGCCCCUGGACUUGAGCAAGGCGAAGGGUUCCUUCUCCCCGCCGGUCUACCAGCCCUACGAGGAACUCCGAGUCAAGAAGGAGUUCCAACCGGCUUCCCCGCCGCAGCUGUCCCCACCCAGCUCCGUCAACCUCGAUACCGGGUUCAUCACUGAGGAUCCGGAGUAUCAGGAGUUCGAGAGAGAUGCUCUACAAUCUAUGGCCCAGAAUAACGGCGGAUCCCUGGUCAAUAACAACCCCAGGAUGAGACGAGAGAUCCACUCCAUGCAGGCGGCGGACGAGGAGUACAGACAGCAGAGACAGAGGAACAAUAUGGCGGCGAAAAGAAGCCGAGACAGAAGGAAAAUCAGGGAGGUGAGACUCGCGAUCCAGGUCGCGUAUCUCACGAAGAAGAUCAGAGAGAUCAAAGAGAGACUGGCAGAGAGAAGCGGCCAGGAGCCCUACUGUAGGUACGGAUCGAUUUGA